AUGGACAGCACCUUAUUCCCCACGCUGACACUGUUGGUUCUCUUCCUCAGCCAGACUUGUCGUGCAGAGGAGAAUGCCAAGAGUCUCUCCUGCCCAGAAUAUCAAGAAGGUUUUGAUGGAUCUUGUUAUGAGUUUGUGGGUCUACAGCGAUCCUUCCUCAGUGCCCAGGGAUGGUGUGAGAGAGGUGGAGGACACCUGGCCUUCAUCUUAAAUGAUGAAAUCCAACAGUUCCUCCAGAAGCACCUGGAACAGGAGAAGGACUGGUGGCUCGGGCUGGCACCUGCAGCUCCUAACCUCACACUGGAUACUGCUGCUACUGAGGGUUCCCUGGCAUGGCUUGAUGGCUCAGAUGUCAGCUAUAGUAACUGGGUAAACAUGCCGAAUGCACAGGCUGCCUGUGGACACAUCCUGAAACACUCGGGCUUCCAGUGGGAAGCUAUAGGCAACUGUAGUCAGGAACUUAACUUUAUUUGCCAGUUUGAAUCUGGGAAAUCAAUUGCAUGUGAUGGUCAAAAUGCAACACUGCAGUGUGGUUCUGGUCAGGUCAUUGAGAUAGACGACAGCUUCUAUGGUCGAAAAACAAUUCACUACUGCCGAUCCAAAGUCAGUGCCACACCCACGGUCCCACAGGAGGAGUGCAGCUGGAUGGAUGUGACAGAUUCUGUUUCAGGUCAUUGCCAUGGACUACAGGCCUGCCAGGCUCCAGUAGAUCUGGGCUCUUUUGGUGAACCAUGUCCUGCAUUGAGGAGUUACCUCUCUGUGGAGUACCACUGCAAAGAUGGACUCCACCUGUUGAUGAACAAGCUUGCAGCCGUGUCUGAGGAUGUCACUUUCACUGUGAAAUGGCUCCUUCACCCUUUUCAGGGAAACCUCACAUGCACAGUAAAUGCUGGAGAUGGCCAUACUAUCGACCCAUACAGCCCAGAGGAAAUGGAGAGCACUGUGAUGCACAAGUACAACCAGCCAGGUGUUUUCAUGGUUGGAGUGGAGUGCACCACGAGUGACUGGCAUGUCACAGCUCAGAAAGCCAUCACCAUUCAGGAGGCUGUUGGAGAGUUUGGUGUCAUCAAGUGCUAUAGCAGGAAUAUGUCAACAGAUGGUGCAAAAUGCAACACACUUCAUGGCCAGCCUGUUCAGAUGCAGUUUAUAGUAGAGACAGGUACUAAUGUUUCCUACACCAUUCAACAUGAAGGCCGUGUUGUUGCAAAUUUGUCUGUGGACAAAGGGAUCACGCCUCACAACAUUACACUGAGCACAAGUGUGGUAGAGAAGCUUGGACUUGGCUGCCACAACCUGAGUCUGACUGCCUCAAACAAGGUCACAGCCCACUCAGUGUACUCCCAUGUGGAGCUGUGUCUGCUGGAGCCUGUUGAAAGCCUGCAGGCCUCUGUGAUAGCAGAGGGAGACGAGUGCCCAGACUCUACUGAUCUCAUUAUUGGUGUUUCAUUGGAGCGAGGAGCCCCUGCAGAGCUGCUCUUCACUCUGACGGGAGCCAAGGACAAUAUCUCAGAGAGCAGGGACCUGCUCAAUGCAAGCUUACAGGCUUUCACAUUCUCCAGCCCACUUGAAGGCUUGUUCGAGGUAAAUGUUAGAGCCAUAAAUGCUCUUUCUGCCUUGGAUUUGGACGUAGAUUUGGAGAAGAUACUCCAGGUUUGCCAGAAUUACUCUGAGCUUUCCCCAGAUGACCAUGGAGACAGAAAUCAGAGUGUCGAAGAACCUGUUGACUUGAAAAUUAUUGUGACUCCAGACAGUGUGGUUGACUACUCUCACAAUGUCACGCUUAGUGUAACUGGAGCUGAAUCACUACCCAGUAAAGGCCUCACAUUUGAGUGGCAAUGUAGUGGAAAUUGCAAAUGCAGAAACAAAACUAAAGAAGAGACUCACGUUGUUGAGAAAGGUUGCCUCCCAGAUCCUUUUGAUGUUUUCAAAUGCUACUCCAAAGCAGGAACAAAACCACCCAUAGAGAAGCAAGAUGGCAAAACUGAAUAUGUCGUACACAGCAAACACCUGAAGAUUUCAAGGGACACGCAGCAAAACAUCAGUGUGAUAGCUUAUGGCAAAAAUGAGACAGGUUUUGCCAAGUUUAUCCUACCAAUACCAGGUCCUGAUCCAACCGAACCACCUGCCAACUCAGGAGUGACGACUGAUUCACCUGCAGAUCCCAAUGCCCCUUCAUGUAGCAUCUCUCCACAUUCAGGAACAGUCCUUGAUGCUUUUGACAUUACUUGUGAAGCAAGUGAUUUCUGCUCAAAAGGCUGUGUUUAUUGCUUUAAAACAGACACAGGCAAACAUCUGCGGUGCAGUAAUACAAAAGUAGUGAAAUCUGUUUUCCUUCCCCUUGGAGAUAAAAACAACAAUUACAGUUUGGCGGUCGUGGUGACCGUACAAAAUGAAAAUGAGAAAGCCAUGACGACUGUCUCGACUCAGGUUCUGAAAAGCGCGUCCAGCUCCUCUGUGGAGGCUCUUACAUCAGCGGUGGAGGAUUCAGUGACUCAGUUAGAGCAGCAGGGUCUGCUCUCUGGUGAAGCACUGGGACAAAUAUUUACCUCAGUUUCUGAUAUGCUGAAUACAGAGGCCAUUCAAGAGCAGUUAGAGGAAAGGAGGAAGCUCAGAGAACAAAUGUUGACCAAAAUGACAGUGGUUCUUCUGAACUCACCCAGCAACUCAACUCAGGGAGUGCAAGUGACGGCCAGAGCUGUUGCUGGACUCACCCAGCGUCCAGAUGAGCUCAGUCCUAAUGCUCAAGUACAGUACAGCUCAUUGCUGGUAGACCUCAGCUCCUCUCUUAGCACUAUCAGUGUAACUCACGAUGGCAGUGAUGAUGGAGAAGUUGUACAAGCGGCUGCACCUAUCGUUGAAGCAGCUAGUAAUAUUUUGAAUGUUUCUUCAAACGUAAGCACCAAAAAAAAAGUCUCUGAUUUUCUUCUUACUGGGAUAAACAAUGUUCAAAGUGCCUUGCUGAAUAAUAGAAAGCUGAAUGGAGAACCUGCGAUCAUUGAUUCUGGGCACAUCAGUGUUUAUGUCAACAGAAUAUCUCCAGGAAAUAUGAACAUGCAGGACAUAAAUGUCCAGAAGAACAGCUCCUCCAGAUUUUCAUUUCCAGUACUGCCUUCUCACAUUGUUUCUCCUGAGGAGCCAGUAGAUGUUAGAAUGAUGAGUUUCGAGACGAAUCCAUAUUCAUGGAAAGAGGAUAACAUCACAGGAACCGUUGGAUCUGUCUCUCUGACCAGAAUGAAUGGCUCUGUCAUUCCUGUGGAAAACCUACCUGAAGAGAUUGAGAUUCUCUUGCCAAGGCUUGAUGUUGGGCAGGAGAACAGCACAGUCCUGGAUCUGGCCAAUUUUAGCACAUUAGUAAUUGAUGUGCCUUCACCAGAUGUGACACUGGUGCUGAAAAUGGAGCCGUCUGAGAAUAUUUCCUUCAUGGUAUUCCUGGGAUACAAAGAUUAUCCAAAUAAUGAAAACUAUGUUGCCAAGACUUGUAUUCCACUGGAGAAUACCAAGGAAGAAGAGAAAUAUACCUGGGUGCUGAGUCCUAAAGACAGAACAGGAGACACUGGAACUCAUUACCUUGUCAUGAAGCCCAUUGUAGAACCAGGUGUCAAAUCCAUCAAUGCUUCAGUCACUGUGACUUCCAUUGCUGCCCAGUGUAAAUACUGGAAUGAAACCGGGUCUACCUGGAGUGAAGAUGGCUGCAGGGUUGGGCCACUCACCACGCCACUGGUCACUCAGUGUCUCUGUAACCAUUUGACUUUCUUUGGCAGCUCUUUCUUCGUCAUGCCCAAUUUAGUGGACGUGUCACGUACUGCAGAGCUUUUUGCUACCUUCACAAACAAUCCUGUGGUGGUGUGUUUUGUGGGUGCCAUCUUUGCUGCAUAUCUCCUGGUGAUCAUGUGGGCACGCAGGAAAGACAUCCAGGACUCAGCCAAGGUGAAGAUAACAGUGCUGGAGGAUAAUGACCCCUUGGCUGAGUAUCAUUAUAUGCUGAAUGUGAGCACAGGACAUCGUCACGGUGCAUCCACCUCCUCUCAGGUGACGAUAACUGUGCAGGGUACUGAAGGAGAAAGUGAGCCCCACCACCUGACAGACCCUGAGAAGCCGGUGUUUGAGAGGGGUGGUGUCGACAUGUUUCUAAUGACCACACACUUUUCCCUCGGAGAUCUCCAGACUAUCAGGCUGUGGCAUGACAACUCAGGAGCACACCCUGCAUGGUAUGUUAACAAAGUGAUGGUGCAGGAUCUUGAGAGUGGUCAGAAAUGGCACUUCCUGUGUAACUCCUGGCUUGCUGUAGAUGUGGGGGAGUGCACCCUUGAUAAAGUCUUUCCAGUAGCCACAGAGACGGAUUUGAAGAGGUUUAGUAACCUGUUCUUCAUGAAGACAGCCAAAGACUUCCGUGACGGCCACAUUUGGUUCUCUGUGAUCAGUCGGCCUCCCUGCAGCACGUUCACUCGCGUGCAGCGGGUCUCUUGCUGUUUUUCUCUUCUGCUGUGCACCAUGCUGACAAGCAUUAUGUUCUGGGGUAUUCCCACUGACCCCUCUGAGCAGACCAUGGACCUUGGUCACAUUGAGUUCACCUGGCAACAAGUUAUGAUUGGAAUUCAAAGUUCAAUCAUCAUGUUUCCCAUCAAUCUCCUUAUUGUGAGCAUCUUCCGAAACACUCGACCUCGAGAGAAAGCGGCCACCAAAACAGACACAUCCAAACAGGCCAAGACUGGUCGAGUUUCUCCUUCACAGACUUCCUCUCCUCAGAAAGAGCUGAAAGACAUCACACCAGAUACUGUCAUCAAGGACAUAAAGAGGAUUGCUCAGUCUCUCUCAAAGGCCAUGAAGAGUCCACUGCCUGACCUGCAGCUUCAGCCCGGUCAGCAGGCGGACAUCAACACUCUGCUGUCUCUGGUGGAGGACAUUAUCAGACAACAGAAUCAGGUGCCUGGAGACUUUUACACUGAUGCAGCCAAGAGUGAUCGCUCGAUGAUCCUCAGCUUAGGUGCAGUCAAUCUCCAAGAAAGCAGUGGAUGGAGCAGCCCUGAGAAGACUUCAGAUGAAGCUCAGAAAAAAAGCACCAACAGCAAAUAUCUGUACAAGCAGCUGCGUCAUGUUGAGAAGGAGCUGGGUUUGCUGGGACCUUCUCGUUUUCCAUAUCCAGACAGCUACGACCGAGCCAUGCAGCAAGUUCAAGGAAUGAAGGGUCUCCUGGAGUACCACCUCCCAUCAACCAUCCUGGGAGGGGACCAGCUGGAACGCAGUCCCAGUCCAGAGGAAAGCGUCAGCGGAGGCUCCAGUAAGAAAUGCUGUCAGGGUGGGCUGCCCUGGUGGUUUGUGUUUGUUGGCUGGACACUGGUGAUUGCAACCAGCUGUGUGUCGGGAUACUUCACCAUGAUGUAUGGGCUGACGUACGGGAAAGACCGCUCCAUAAGCUGGCUCAUCUCCAUGGUGGUCUCCUUCUUUGAGAGUCUCUUCAUCACUCAGCCUUUGAAGGUUCUUGGUUUUGCUGCUUUCUUUGCCCUUGUUCUAAAAAAAGUUGACCAGGAGGAGUAUGGGGAGCCUCAGAUAGAUGACAGUCUCAGAAAUUCAGAUGAUCCAGACACGGUCCGAGCAGCCAGGAGAGACAGCACAUGCAGUUUCUAUCAGCCACCACCCCUCACUGACAUUGAAAAGAUGAGGAACAACAUGAUUAAAGAGCAGAAAGUCUUUGCCCUCAUAAGGGAGAUUCUUGCUUACAUGGGAUUCAUGUGGAUGCUGCUCCUGGUGGCGUAUGGUCAAAGGGAUCCCAACGCUUACUUUCUGACCCAACACAUUCGACAGAGCUUCAGCAAAGGGAUCUCAGACAGCAUGAGUAUUCAGGAUGUUUUCGACUGGACAAACACAACACUGCUGAGCAGCUUGUUUGGAGAGUACCCAGGAUUUAUCACAGAUGGAAACAACAAGCUGGUUGGUAAUGCUCGCCUUCGCCAGGUGAGGGUGCAAAAAAAUUCUUGCAGUGUGGCCCCCUCCAUGCAGAAAGCUAUGAUGGACUGCCAUGCUCCAUACUCAUGGGAGCUGGAGGACAUGGGCUCCUACAGCGCAGGCUGGAGCAGCGCUGUGCAAGAUAAUAGCUCAGUGCACCUUCAGAACCCAUGGACAUAUCAAUCUCAGGGAAAACUGAGGGCCUUACCCAUCUGGGGCAGCGUGAGGCUUUACAGAGGAGGAGGCUUUGUGGUGGAUCUGGGGCCAGAUUUACAAAAUUCCAGCAGAACUCUCCAGUACCUUUAUGACAACACCUGGUUUGAUGUGUACACCCAAGCCAUCUUUGUGGAGUUCACUGUGUACAACGCCAACGUCAACCUCUUCUGCAUUGUCACUCUUUUGCUUGAGACCACAGCCACAGGAGCUUUUCAGUUUCGCAGUGAACUUCAGAACGUGCGACUUUACCAGUCAACCGGCGGCCUUCACAUCUUUGUUAUGGCUUCUGAAGUCAUCUACUUUCUCUUCAUCAUCUAUUACAUGUUUGUCCAAGGGAAGCUUAUGAAGCAGCACAGAUGGGCUUAUUUUAAGAGUAAGUGGAACCUGCUCGAGUUAGCGAUCAUCAUUCUCAGCUGGAGCGCACUGUCUGUCUUCAUCAAGAGGACUCUGCUGGGAAUGCGGGAUGUGGAAUACUACCAGAACCACAAAGACCAGUACGCCAGUUUCCAUGAGACGGCCAAGGCUGAUGCAGUGCUGGGGUAUCUUAUUGCCUUCUUGGUGCUGUUAGCUACAGUCAAACUGUGGCACCUGCUGAGACUGAACCCAAAGCUGCACAUGAUCACAGCCACACUGCAGCGAGCCUGGACUGAUAUUUCAGGCUUCCUGGUGGUUAUGACCAUCAUGUUCUUGGCCUACACCAUCGCUUCUAAUCUGAUGUAUGGCUGGAAGCUGUACUCCUAUCGGACUCUGCUGGAUGCUGGAUUGACCAUGGUCAGCCUGCAGCUGGGCAUCUUUAACUAUGAAGAGGUUCUGGAUUACAAUCCAGUGCUUGGCGCUUUCCUCAUCGGUUCCUGCAUCGUGUUCAUGACUUUUGUGGUGCUGAACCUUUUCAUCUCUGUCAUACUGGUGGCAUUUAGUCAAGAGCAAAUACAUCACAAGCCAUCAGAGGAGGAAGAGAUUGUGGACAUGAUGCUGAUGAAAAUCUGCAGUCUGUUUGGAGUGAAAUGUAAGAAACAAAACAGUGAAGGCAAAAUUGGGAGGGCAGUGAAACUGCUUAAAUCAACCACUUUGUGA